ACACAUUGAAGCUGGGAAGCGCGGAAUCGGAACAUCAGCGCAGGACCAGGGGACGUUUUUUACUCUCACCUUAAAGUUUAAACGUUAAAUGUUACUUAUAAAUACUGUUUGUAAAGUUAAUAAUGAUUCAAAGUCCAAGACUAAAUAGCUAAAUCGCUUGUUUUAGCUAACAAUAGGAAGCUUUCAACUAUGAAAACAAGCGGCUAGCCAUCAAGGACUACAUCAGCAAGAACGAACUGGCAGGCUAUCUCCUAGCCAGGCCGAUGAGCUAGUUAACGCGUUAGAUCGGUCAUUUGAAUGUGUGCCUCUACCUGAAAUAUGUCGGGAUUCAACUUUGGAAAUACUGGGACCCUCGGGUCCACCAUUACUGGCGGGGGAUUCUCGUUCGGAGCAGCUGCAAGUACCCCUGCUGCCGCUGGCACGGGGGGAUUCACCUUGGGGACUGCACUCGGUGCCGCUGCCCCGGUUUCCGCUGCUACAACCACCACCGCUGCUAUGGGGGGGCUGGGGGGCGGUCUAUUCGCUCAAAAACCGGCUACCGGGGGCUUCUCCUUCAACACACCAGUGGCAGGUGCAACCGCGCCUGCAACCGGCCUUUCAUUAAGCAUCCCCUCCUCCACGGCCGCCUCCACGGGCUUCAGCCUGGCCUUUAACAAGCCCUCCGCCUCGGCCACCCCCUUCUCCCUCACCGCCUCGUCCACGGCGCCCAUGGGGGGAGGCCUGACGCUGGGCUCGGUCCAGACCUCCGCCGCCCCGCAGGUGGCCAACGCCGGCUUCGGCCUCAGCCUCGGGGGAGCGGUUUCGAGCGCGGCGCCCGUGUCCAUGGGCCUGACGCUGGGCUCCAGUCUGUUCCCCAGCACGAUGGCCAGCGGCCUGGGGCAGGCUUUCCCCGGGGCAGGGGGCUUGACGCUGGGCUCCCUGGUCGCCACCUCGGCCCCCAGCCUCGGGCUGGGCGGAGUUGACUUCAGCACGUUGUCGGAGAAGAAGAGCGACAAGCUGUCCGGGGCCCGUCCCGAGGACAGCAAAGCGCUGAAAGACGAAAACCUGCCGCCGGUCAUCUGCCAGGACGUCGAUAACUUCCAGAAGUUUGUGAAGGAGCAGAAGCAGGUGCAGGAGGACAUCAGCAGGAUGUCGUCCAAGGCCAUGGCCAAGGUCCAGGACGACAUCAGGAGCCUGAAGAAGCAGCUGUCGCUCAGCACCAGCGGCCUGCAGAGGAACGCCCUUGCCAUCGACAAGCUGAAGAUGGAGACGGCACAGGAGCUGAAGAACGCUGACAUCCCUCUCCGGACCCAGAAGACCCCCCCUGGGCUCCAGCAUGAGAACACGGCUCCUUCGGAUUAUUUCCGGGGCCUGGUGGAGCAGUUUGAGGUCCAGCUGCAGCAGUACAGACAACAGAUUGAGGAGUUGGAGAACCACCUCACGACACAGGGCAGCGGAGCACACAUCACCCCCCAGGACUUGUCCCUGGCCAUGCAGAAGCUCUACCAGACGUUCGUGGCCUUGGCUGCCCAGCUGCAGUCUGUACACGAGAAUGUAAAGAUCCUGAAGCAUCAGUACCUGGCGUACCGCCGGGCCUUCCUGGAGGACUCCACCGAUGUGUUCGAGUCCAAGCGCCAGGCCAGCAGGAAGUGGCAGAGCUCCCACCGCCUCACCACCGGCCCCGCCCCCUUCAGCAGCGUCCCCAACGCGGCGGCGGUCGCCAUGGCGGCCACGCUGAGCCAGCAGCAGCAGCCCGCUCCAGGGUCUCAGGUGCCCCUGGGGGCUGGCUAUGGAAACCCCUUAGCCUGGGGAGUGGGCCCUAGCUUGGGUUCGUCAGGCCUCGGAGGUACCAGCUCUCCCUCCUGCUGUCCUCCUCGCCCCUCCCACACACUAACCCCUCCGCGUCUUUCUCGCUCGCUCUUUCUUUCGCUCGUUCUCUGGCUCUCUCCCCUUCGUUUUCCUUUCUCUCCCUUUCUCUAUCUCUUCUCGCCUCCCUCGUAUCUUAGCUGUUCUGUGGUAGUGAAUAGAAGUUGUGUGCGUGUGUGUGUGUACGAGCACCGUGCCACUUUAAAGGUUUGCAGUGUAUCAGGGUGUGAGAGGGAAGCAGCCUGUCAGGUGUGGUCGGGGGCGGGUCCCCUCUACAGCUCCCUUUUGCCAUUGGGCCCUGCUCUCUCGCUCUGCUCUCCGAUUGGUCUCUUCUGCUGCCUCUCACCCUUGCACGUUGAGCUCUAACCAUGUGUGGCGCUGGCUUUGGCCUUUUCUGGCCAAUGCUAGAUGGUGACGUGUGUCUGUUUUCGGUCUUAUUGGGUGUGUGAGAGGAAGGUGUGUGUGUGUGUGUACCGUGGCUAAGCUCGCUCUCUCUCCCUC